CCGUGUGAUUUAUCUCCAUGUUUGUCAUUCGAAAAGGUCGCCGAGCGCCGACGUCACUUAUCUCUUUCCUGUCAGCCGGUGAAGCUCUUUCGGGAUUUCCAGAUUCCAUCAAGCAGCCACAAAAAUGUCUAUCACCAAGGUAUUCGCUCGCACCAUCUUUGAUUCCCGUGGUAACCCCACAGUGGAGGUUGAUCUCUAUACCCAAAAGGGUCUUUUCCGUGCAGCUGUGCCCUCUGGGGCAUCCACAGGUGUCCAUGAGGCCCUGGAAAUGCGUGAUGGAGACAAAUCUAAAUAUCAUGGGAAGUCUGUCUUCAAUGCUGUCAAGAAUGUCAAUGAUGUCAUUGCUCCAGAAAUCAUCAAGAGUGGUUUAAAAGUGACUCAGCAGAAGGAGUGCGAUGAAUUCAUGUGCAAGUUGGAUGGCACAGAGAACAAGAGUAGCUUAGGAGCCAAUGCAAUCCUUGGUGUCUCCCUGGCCAUCUGCAAGGCAGGUGCAGCUGAACUUGGCAUUCCUCUCUACAGGCAUAUUGCCAAUCUUGCUAACUACGAUGAGGUUAUUCUGCCAGUACCAGCCUUCAAUGUAAUCAAUGGUGGCUCCCAUGCUGGCAACAAGCUGGCCAUGCAGGAGUUCAUGAUCCUCCCUACUGGUGCCACCAGCUUUACUGAGGCUAUGCGCAUGGGUACUGAAGUUUACCACCACUUGAAAGCCGUUAUUAAGGCCCGCUUUGGUCUGGAUGCUACUGCUGUUGGCGAUGAGGGUGGUUUUGCCCCUAACAUUCUUAACAACAAGGAUGCCCUUGACCUUAUCCAAGAAGCCAUCAAGAAGGCUGGCUAUACGGGCAAAAUUGAAAUUGGUAUGGAUGUGGCUGCAUCAGAAUUCUAUAAGCAAAAUAAUAUUUAUGACUUGGACUUCAAGACUGCCAACAAUGAUGGAUCACAAAAGAUUUCUGGUGACCAACUCAGGGAUAUGUAUAUGGAAUUCUGCAAGGAUUUCCCCAUUGUGUCCAUUGAGGACCCCUUCGAUCAGGAUGAUUGGGAGAACUGGACCAAGAUGACUAGUGGUACAACAAUCCAAAUUGUUGGUGAUGACUUGACUGUGACCAACCCUAAGCGCAUUACCACAGCUGUUGAGAAGAAGGCCUGCAAUUGCCUGCUGCUUAAGGUCAACCAGAUUGGUUCAGUCACAGAGUCCAUUGAUGCUCACCUUCUGGCCAAAAAGAAUGGCUGGGGCACCAUGGUCUCUCACAGGUCUGGUGAAACAGAGGAUUGCUUCAUUGCUGACUUAGUUGUAGGACUGUGCACAGGACAGAUCAAGACUGGUGCUCCCUGCCGUUCUGAGCGUUUAGCAAAAUAUAACCAGAUCCUCCGUAUUGAGGAAGAGCUUGGGUCCAAUGCCAAGUUUGCUGGCAAGAAUUUCAGGAAACCCUGUUAAGAUGUUCCUGACGCUUGAGAAUCUUAAAAGAAUGUUAUAGCAUUGACUUAAAAACUGAUGAUGGAAAUGCAAUUAACAUGUCUUUUAAGACUUGAAGUUGAUUCAUCACAUGAUUCACAUUUGUGUGAAAUGCAUGGUGAGUGUGGGAAGCAUCUCUAAAUUAAAGAUUUAGUUUAUUUUCAUUUGGUAUGUAAGAAAGGCAGCAGAGGUUAUAGCUGAUGAUCAAGAAGAAUUGUCUUGUCCUUCUUGUAUUGCCAGCAGAUUAUGUAUAUUCCAGAAAGCUUUAAGUUAGGGUUGUAUGCUAAUUUUGGUUCAAAUGGAAGAAAUGCAUGUCAAAAAAAUAUUUGUUGCACUUAUGAUAACUGAACUAUUGCAUUGGCUAGUCAUGUCUCCUGUCCUAGAUCUGUAGGUCUUCUAAUGUUCUUCAUGUAAGUCUUGCUGAAAAUUUACUGUGGUUCAUUAUGUAUAUAAGGAACAUUAAAACUCGGAAAGAUA